AUGGCGGUGCGUGCAUCAUUCGAGAAUAGCAAUGAGGUGGGCGUUUUCGCUCGCCUCACCAACGCUUACUGCCUGGUCGCCCUGGGUGGAUCUGAGCAUCACAGCGGCUGCGAGUGGCAGACAGCCGUUGCCGAUCUGGAUUCUGCGCAGGUGCCGCAAUCUGUUGCCCGCUACGGCUCUGCUCUGAUUGCUUGCAAGCGUGGCCUGCAGUGGCAACAAGCUCUUUCGCUGCUGCAGAGGAUGGACGACGCUUCUGUGGCCAAGAAUGAGUUCAUCUUCAGCCAUGCAAUUUUGGUGUGCACGCGGUGUGGGCAUGGGGCUGCCGCGCUCAAGCUCGUAAAGGACAUGUCCGCAGCCUCUAUUCCUCCGAAGAACAUUGUUUGCAGCGAGGUCAUCAACUUCUGCGCACGCCGUGCACAGAAUCAAUGGCAACUGGCACUUGAGAUUUUCAGCGCAAUGAUGCGCUCGCCUGCGCGACCGGAUGUUAUCACCUUCACUUCAACUAUUCAUGCAUGCGAGAAGGGCCAGCAGUGGGAAACGGCCCUCCACAUCUUCAACACGAUGCGGGGAAGUGCCAUCAGCCCUAACCAAGUCACCGCGUCGGCGGUGGUCGGCUCACUGAGAAAGGCAGACCCAUCUUCCGGGGCUUGGCGUCUCCUGUCGACUCUCUCGUGGGACCUUCGCUGCUGGGGUGUGCAGCGAGAUGCAGUGUUGUAUAAUUCGAUGAACGAUGUGGUGGAGAAGGCAUCUGGCUGGAGAUCAGCACUGGCGGGCGUGCAAAGUAUGCUCUCCGUCACCAUUCAGCUCGAUGCAGCAAGUUCCAGUGUUGCGAUCAAGGCAUCUGGGCAAUGUGGCUGGCAACAUGGCCUGCUUUUGCUGGGUUCGAUGCCUACGAAUGCAGUCACGAUCAGCACGGCGAUUGGUAUUUGUUGGAAGCUUUGGGAGCAAGCCCUUUGCCUCUUGAGCACAGGGCAUCCCACUGCAGCAAGUUACACUGCCGCCAUCACUGCCUGCCGACAGGAAGGACAGUGGAAAGUGGCUAUUUGUCUACUGCAACAAAUGCAGGCACAGAAACUUUCGCCUGGCGCUCUAACGGUCACGGCUGCCAUCAACUGCUGCGAGGCAUCGCAAGAGUGGCAGCAAGCGCUGAGUCUUCUGAGCAUGCUGGUCCAGAGCCUUGAAGAGGUGGAUGCUGUGGCGUACCGCUCAGUGCUAGGCUGCUGCGUUGAGGGUCACUGGCAGCAAGCCCUCGAUAUUCUGGAAACAUCUUGGGCAGCACGUGUUCACGACACUCAAUCUUACACAGCGGUGCUGUGGUCCUGCGAAGCGGCUGCCUGUUGGCAGGUGGCGCUUGAGCUGUUGCAUGAGGUGCAUACGACGCCGGUGCCAGAUGCCGCAAGCUAUUUGUCCGUAGUACGCAGCUGUGGCAAAAGCAGCGCCGUCGAAGCAGGUAUUGCAGUUCUCUGGAGUUUGAUGGACAGCGGGAUCGAGCGUGGAGUUUCAGCACUUCCCUGCGCAGUGGCAGCCCUUUUCAUCAGUGAUCCGAUUGUCAUACACUUCACCCUCAAAGAGGCGUUCGUGAGGUUACGGGCCGAGAGCAACCACCCCCCUCAGGAGCUGACUACUUUAUGGUCUGCGUUGGCAGUGCUUGGCGCAAGGAAUGGUGAAUUUGCAGAUGCAGUUCUCUGUAAGGUCAUCCCGAACAUAUCGGCAUUUGAUUGGGAUGAGCUGAUGGAGCUCUCAUGGGGUGCUGCUGCCUCUGGAAUGGCUGAAGGAUUCUUCGACCCAUUGCAAGAAGAGCUUGUGCGUCGCAUCGUAGCUGCAGACACGACCCCUCCCGCAUAUUGCAUUGUGGGAUUGAUUUCUGCCUGCCACGCCGCUGGCUUUCUUCACGAGCAAUUCUACACGGCCGCGUCGCGCCAACUGCAAAAGCACGGCAGCUGCCUGGAUGGACACAUCCUCAUGCGACCGCCUGCUGCAGAAUCGCUUCUCACAAGGUCGUACUCUGAGCCGUCCGUUGCCCUGCACUCCGUGGACAUGCUUUUUCUAAUGAAGCCACCAGGAUGGGAGGUCUUCGAUCAGAACACGAAGAGGCAGCUUUCGACGUGGCUCCAGGAGCGCUUCGGCUCGCAGCCGAUUCUGCAAGAUGCCUCCUUCCAGUUUGGAUUCCUGCAUCGACUGGAUGUUCCGAGUUCGGGACUCGUGUGUGUUGCAAAGACCUAUGCCAAGUACUAUGCCUUGCAGCUGAAGCUUCGCACGGGCCAGAUGGACCGCGACUACGUUGUCCUGUCUCAUGGCUGGUGGCCAUUGUCGCUGACAGAGAUUCGGGCGAGCUUGCACUGGGGCCUGCAGACACUUUCAGUUGCAGGUGGAAGAGGGAAGCCCAGUGUGUCUUUGACAAAGCUUCUUGCUCACGCUGGACGCAGCAUUUCGUACAGUCUUCUGGCGAUCCGUAUCGUCACGGGCCGACGACACCAGAUACGCAGUCACCUUGCGCAUGUGGGUCAUCCCGUUGUCUCGGACGGCCAGUACACAUCUUUCUCCAUGCACAAGGGCGAGGGCCGUCGGAGCAGCAGACACUUCCUACACCGCUACCACCUUGCCUUCUCGGGCCUCUCAGUGCUGCAGCCGCUGAGCCCGGACCUCCUCCAGAGCCUCCGGGCGCUGUGUGGCAAAGAUGCCAGGUCAUCGCUGGCGAUUCGGGCGUGGGCGCAUGGGGACCCUGUUGAUUGGGGGCAAAUCACCGGGCUCAGAAGCUCAGCGCAGACGCAGGGAAAGGCGGGAAGAAAGACAGAUGAUAUGGGCAAAGACAGAAAAGAACUUUGCAUGUCUCAGAUGACGAUGAACCCGGCCCAAGACGAGUCGGAGCCGCGAUCGCGGACAUGGCAGUUCUCAAAGACCAAGAUGUCCCCUGAUCCAUGGUUUGCACACGAGAAGACGGAACUGCGCUCCUUGCCAGACUUGACAUGCACAAAGCUGUGCAAAACACUUAUUCAGACAGGCACCUGCGAUGACUCAAAAUGCACGUAUGCGCACAGCAAGGACGAGCUUCGAGCGACUAGCACUUUUCACAAGACGAAGCUUUGCCGGUUCUCACAGAUGGGGCACUGUGCCUUGGACGUCUAA